CCAUCGGUGGAAAAAUGGCGGAGUGCAGAAGUCGAAAAUCUGAAAGAAAUUCCGCUUUAUUUUCAUGUUCUUGCUUCUAUUUGAACGUCAAUUAAUGCUAAAGAAAAGAGAAAUAUCUUCUUUACAAUAUGCCAGAUGAAAAAGAUAGCGAUAAUGUGCGUGUAGUAGUACGAUGUCGUCCUCUAAACGACAAAGAAAAAGAAACUGGCUGUUAUAAAUGUGUAAAUGUCGACGAAGCAACAGGCACUAUCACUGUUCAAAACCCUGGAGCAAGAAGCUCAGGAGAGCCUCCAAAGCGAUACACGUUUGACCGCGUAUUUGCACCUGAGGUGAAACAAGUAGAUGUAUACACAGAUGCAGCUAGAGCUAUCAUCGAGUCUGUACUAGAAGGCUAUAAUGGAACUAUUUUUGCUUAUGGACAGACUGGGACAGGAAAGACGUUCACCAUGGAGGGUGUACGUUCUGUGCCAGAACUUCGAGGAAUCAUCCCAAACUCAUUUGCACACAUUUUUGGCCACAUUGCAAAGGUUGCAGGUGACAUAAGAUUCCUUGUAAGGGUCUCUUACAUGGAAAUAUAUAAUGAAGAUGUGAGAGAUCUGUUAGGCAAAGACCAGCAAGCAAAACUAGAGGUAAAAGAAAGACCAGAUGUUGGUGUUUAUGUUAAAGACUUGUCAUCGUAUGUGAUGAACAAUGCUGAUGAUUUGGAUAAGACUAUGACACUGGGCAACAAAAACAGGUCUGUUGGAGCCACAGCCAUGAAUGAGAGAUCCUCACGUUCUCAUGCAAUCUUCAGUAUAACUGUUGAAUGUAGUGAGAAAGGACCUGAUGGUCAACACCAUGUACGUAUGGGAAAACUACACCUGGUUGACCUGGCUGGCUCUGAGAGACAGUCCAAGACAGGAGCAACGGGACAGCGUCUAAAAGAAGCUACCAAGAUCAACCUYUCUCUGUCAACACUUGGCAAUGUUAUAUCAGCUUUGGUGGAUGGCAAAAGCACACACAUUCCAUACAGGAACUCCAAGCUAACAAGACUUCUUCAAGACUCAUUAGGAGGAAACUCCAAGACUGUUAUGAUUGCCAAUAUUGGUCCUGCUGAUUACAAUUUUGAUGAGACAAUCAGRACUCUGAGAUAUGCCAACAGAGCAAAGAAUAUCAAGAACAAGGCCAAGAUCAAUGAAGACCCAAAAGAUGCUAUGCUCAGGGAGUUUCAAAAAGAACUUGAAAAGCUUAAGGCACAGUUGGCAGAAGAAGSUGAAGGCUCUGGUGAAAGCUCCUCUGAGGAAGAAGUGGAAGAGAAUGGAGUUAUGAUCAAGCGCAAGAAAGAAAGGAGAAAAAGCAAYCAUGCAAUCCCACCAGCAAAAGUAGCUGAAAUGCAAGCUAAACUUGAAGCAGAAAGAAAAGCCCUWCAAGARAAAAAGGACAUGGCAGAAGAAGAGAGAGAUAUUGCAGCUAAGGAAUUAGAGAAAAGAGAGAAGGAUAUUCUAGAUGCUCAGGAAGAACACAAUAAACUUCAAGAAAAGCUAAAAGCCAUAGAAAGAAAGAUUAUAGUUGGUGGUGUCAAUUUGCUGGAGAAAGCUAAAGAGCAAGAAGAUCUUUUAGAGGCUUCUGCAAAAGAGCUUGCAGAACGACAUGCACGUGAAAGACAGCUGCAAAAACUGAUUGAAGAAAAGGAGCAAGAGAGAAUUGACAUUGAAGAAAAGUAUGCAAGCUUACAAGAAGAAGCUGCUGGUAAAACAAAGAAGCUGAAAAAAGUUUGGACAAUGCUCAUGAGUGCAAAAUCAGAGAUGGCAGAUCAACAGCAGGAGCAUCAAAGAGAAACAGAGGGGCUYCUAGAAAAUAUUAGAGAAUUAAGAAGGGAACUCCAGUGUCAGUCAAUGAUUAUUGAUAGCUUUGUACCAGUAGAAUUCCAGGAAUUGAUUGACCAGAAUAAAUGUUGGAAUGAAGAGUUAGGAGAAUGGCAAUUGCGCUUUAUUGCAUACACUGGCAACAACAUGAGAAGAGUCACACCCAGCCCUGAUCCUAAGGAUAAGCACAAAGAGCAAAAUGAAGCAGAUAUAUCUGAUGUGUACCUGUCAUACAAUGCUAUAGCUGGAUACCCAACAUCAGGGGAACCGAAAAAGAAUGCUGACUCUGGUGACAACAGUGCUGACAAGGAUGAGAACAAUACUGAAGUAUUUCCACWGUCCAAACGUACUUUGAGUCCAAAGAAACACUUUGCAUAACUAAAUACCACAUUAAUAAUGAUAUUUAUUGUUGAAAAAUACAAAUAUUGUAAAUUGUAUUCGAACAUGUAAAUAAUGAUUAAAUUUCUUUUAAUGGUA